AUGGCGACUGACUCAUUUCCCCAACGCUUGGUCACUCAUCCUUCCAAUGUCUCCUCAUCUGAGGUAGCCACCGAGUGGCUCAACGCUUUCUCAGCUGCAAUAACUCAAAGUGAUACCGCAGCUGUUGUCGACCUCUUUCUCGAGGAUGGCUUCUGGAAGGACGUCAUCGCACUGACGUGGGAUUUCAGGACAUUCGAAGGAAGGAAGGACAUCAAGAAACUCUUGGAUGCUCGUCUCGUUGCUACGGGACUCUAUGAACUGCGUCUCCUACAGGAGCCUUUGAAUGAACCUCAUGGCAAGGGUACUGCAGUCGUUUAUCUUGUUCCCCUUCCAGAUUCAAAGUGGAAAGCCUACACUCUGUUGACCUGUCUUGAUUCGUUGACCAAUUUCCCUCAAAAGCUCGGUCCCCUCAGAAACUGGGAGACUGAUCAUGGCAGUUGGGAAGAGAAGCGGCGCCAAGAGACUGAGUUCUCAAACAAUGAUCCAACGGUGAUUGUCAUCGGCGCGGGGCACAGUGGUCUGGAGACCGCGGCAGGCUUAAAGUACAUUGGUGUACCCUCUGGGUACAACCAAACGCCUUACCUAAAAUUUCCACCUACAUGGCCAGUCCACACCCCAGCUGCAAAACUGGCAGACUGGUUGGAAGCAUAUGCGAGUUUCCUUGAGCUCGACGUUUGGACGGCCUCGACGAUCACCAAGACAUCUUGGGACGAUAGCACGAAAACCUGGUCUGUCGAAGUCAAUCGCGGCGGUAAAGGUACUAGGGUUCUGACCGUUAAGCACCUCGUUUUUGCCACUGGAUUUGGCGGUCGUCCGAAAGUUCCCGACAUACCUGGGAAGGCAAGCUUGAAAGGGUCUUUCGUGCACUCGUCAGACUUCAAAUCCGCGGCUGAUCAUAUCGGUAAAAAAGCAAUCGUAGUCGGCGGUUGCAAUUCUGCACAUGACAUUGCUCAAGAUUUCUGUAGCCACGGUGUCGACGUCACAAUGUAUCAACGAUCGUCGACAUUUGUGACCUCGCAGGAGUCAGUGGCAACAAUGCUAGGCGUUGUCUACAAUGACGACCUCCCCACUGAGCUGGCUGAUACUUACAAUACCUCGCUGCCUUGGGCAGUUGUUAGGCGGCUGCAACAACGUAUGGUUCCUAUGGUUGCUGAGACCACAGACAAGGCCAUUCUAGAUGGAUUGGCUCAGGUUGGCUUUAAGACCAAUCUUGGCAUACAUGGGGCAGGUAAUACGUCCCUUUACCUGGAGCGUGGUGGUGGCUACUACAUUGACACCGGAGCAAGUAAAUCUAUUAUCGACGGGGAUAUUAAAAUCAAGAACGGUUCCGCAAUCGAGUCCUUUACGGAAAAUGGCCUUCGAUUUGCUGAUGGCACCGAGCUACAGGCAGAUAUAAUAGUAUUUGCUACGGGUUAUGGCGAUCCCCGUGACUCCAUGCGCGAGGUCUGUGGAGAUGAGGUUGCAUCAAAAAUCACCAGCGUCUGGGGUCUAGACGAAGAAGGGCAAACUGCGGGAGCGUGGCGGUAUUGCGGGCAUGAUGGUCUGUGGUUCGCAAAUGGUGAUUUUGCUCUAUCGCGCUUCCACAGCCUUCAUUUGGCCAUGCAAAUCAAAGCAAUAGAAGAAGGUAUUUUGAAUAAGGCAGAUAUAGCUAUUUGAUGACGUUUCGAAGAUCUGCUCAUGAUCAGGACUGGAAGACCUGUAAAAUGUAUGAGUACUUAUUGGGUGAAUUGAAGCUUGUAUGAAUUCAAGGGGAUUUUCACUGGAGC